AUGAACCCUGCUCCCGUCCCUCCGCCUCCGGGGCAGCAAGUGAUCCAUGUCACCCAGGACCUGGACACGGAGCUCGAGGCGCUCUUCAACACGGUCAUGAACCCCAAGCCCAGCUCCUGGAGGAAGAAGAUCCUGCCCGAGUCCUUCUUCAAGGAGCCCGAUUCGGGUUCGCACUCCCGCCAGUCCAGCACUGACUCGGGCAGCCACCCGCCCCGGCUGAGCGCCGCUGGUGCCCAGCAUGUCCGCUCACACUCCUCGCCCGCCUCCUUGCUAGGCGCCGGAGCCGGGGCCACCCCCAGCCCGGCUCAGCAGCACGCUCACCUUCGCCAGCAGUCCUACGACGUGACCGACGAGCUGCCGCUGCCGCCCGGCUGGGAGAUGGCCCUCACCCACACGGGCCAGAGAUACUUCCUCAAUCAUAUUGAAAAAAUUACGACAUGGCAAGACCCUCGAAAGACCAUGAAUCAGCCACUGAAUCAUAUGAACCAUCAUCCUGCAGCGACUUCGACACCAGUGCCGCAGAGAUCAAUGGCAAUGUCCCAGCCAAAUCUGGUAAUGAAUCACCAACACCAGCAACAAAUGACACCAAGUACAACCAUGUCCCAGCAGAGCCAUCCUACCCAGAACCCUCAAGGUGGGUUGUUGAACAUGCCCAAUGCACUGACUACCCAGCAGCAGCAGCAACAGAAGCUGAGGCUUCAAAGGAUCCAAAUGGAAAGAGAGAGAAUUAGGAUGCGCCAGGAGGAGCUUCUGCGACAGGAAGCUGCACUAUGCAGACAACUUCCCAUGGAAUCAGAGAAUAUGGCCCCAGUUCAGACUGCUGUGAACACACCUGCCAUGACACAAGACAUGAGGACUAUUACAAACAAUGGAUCGGAUCCUUUCCUGAACAGUGGGCCAUACCAUUCCAGGGAACAGAGCACAGACAGUGGCCUAGGCUUAGGAUGCUACAGUAUACCAACAACACCUGAAGAUUUCCUCAGCAAUGUAGAUGAGAUGGACACAGGCGAAACUGUGGCGCAGACUCCCAUGAAUGUAAGUUCGCAACAGACACGUUUCCCUGAUUUCCUCGACUGUCUUCCAGGAACAAAUGUAGACCUUGGGACUUUAGAGUCUGAAGACCUGAUCCCUAUCCUCAAUGAUGUGGAGUCCGUACUCAACAAGAGUGAGCCGUUCCUCACCUGGCUGUAA